AUGGUUGCCACAAAACGAUCAGCACCUAAAGAAGAUGUUCUAAUGGAAACUAAUGAUUCACCAAUUAAAAAAAUGGAUACCAUUUUAUCAAAUUCGGCUAAAAAAACAAGAAUUAUGUUCUCAACAGAAUAUAGUCAAGCUGCAAUGGAUGAACAAGAAAGCCAACGUGUCAAAUUAAUUAGUAAAAUUCAUGAUGAAUACGAACAUCUUCGUAUACUUCCGGAAGCACUAAUCAAACAACAAAAAGAAGCAGCCAAAGCUCGUAUGAAAGCAAAGUCAACAACAAUUGAAGAGGCUAAAAAUAAUACAGACGAUGAAAAGACUCCAAUGUCUAAACUCAUUGAAUCUAUACCUGAAAAAUCUUUAAUGGCUGAUAAGAAUGAAGGAGUUGUUGCUAUUCGUGGAAAAGACCAAUUUAGAUCAGAGAUUUUUGGAGAUACAUUAGCUGGCAGUGGUUCGCUUGUUCGUAGAGCACGGGCAAAGAUCAUUCGACCUGUUUGGCAUGCGCCCUGGAAACUCAUGCGUGUCAUCAGUGGUCAUUUAGGUUGGGUUCGUGCUGUUACAGUAGAGCCAGGAAAUAAAUGGUUUGCAACAGGUGCAGGUGAUCGUACUAUUAAGAUUUGGGAUCUGGCAUCAGGUACUUUAAAACUUUCACUUACAGGUCAUAUCGCUACAGUACGUGGAUUAGAAGUCUCUCCAAGACAUCCCUACCUCUUUUCAUGUGGUGAAGAUAAAAUGGUUAAAUGUUGGGAUUUAGAACAAAAUAAGGUUAUUCGUCAUUAUCAUGGACAUUUAUCAGGUGUUUACUCUUUAAGUAUACAUCCAACAUUGGACGUUCUUGUGACAUCAGGACGAGAUGCAACAGCACGAGUUUGGGAUAUGAGAACCAAACAAGCUAUUCAUGUUUUGACAGGUCAUACAAGCACAGUCUCUGCUGUUAAAUGUCAAGAAGCAGACCCACAAGUAAUUACAGGUUCUAUGGAUAAUACGAUACGAUUAUGGGAUCUUGCUGCAGGUAAAACGAUGGGUGUCUUGACUCAUCAUAAAAAGAGUGUUCGUGCUCUUGCUAUUCAUCCUACCGAGUUUGGCUUUGUUAGUGGUAGUGCAGAUGCAGUAAAAGGAUGGAAAUGUCCUGAAGGAAUGUUUAUGCAAAAUUAUGAAAGAAAGAAAGCUAUUAUCAAUACUUUAUCUAUUAAUCAAGAUGGCGUCAUCUUUUCUGGUGGUGAUGAUGGAUCAUUAAGUUUCAAUGAUUGGAGAUCAGGUUAUAAUUUUCAAUCCAUGGAUACCACUGUUCAACCUGGUUCACUUGAUGCUGAAGCAGGCAUAUUUUGUAGUACAUUUGAUAGAACUGGAACCCGUUUAAUUACAGGUGAAGCAGAUAAGACAAUUAAAAUUUAUAAAGAAGAUGAAACUGCUAUUAAGGAUAAUGAUUUUUAUCAAUAA